AUGGUUCCACUACCAGCACAAGGCCAUUUAAACCAACUCCUCCACCUCUCCCGCCUUAUCUCCGCCUAUCACCUCCCUAUCCACUUUGCCGGAAACACCGUCCACCUCCGCCAGGCGAAGACACGUGUGCAUGGGUGGGACCCACUUUCCAUUUCCAACAUUAAAUUCCAUGAAUACCAAAUACCGAACUACCAAACUCCACCACCUAAUCCAAAUUCCAUCACCAAAUUCCCUUCCCAUUUGAUGCCUUCUUUUCAUGCCACGUGUCAUCUACGUCACCCGAUUACUUCCCUUUUACGUGAACUAUCAAGAAAUUACAAAAGAGUUAUUGUUAUUUAUGAUUCUUUUAUUGCAUGGGUUCUUCAAGAUGCCCCUUCUAUACCAAAUGUUGAGUGUUACAGUUUUCGUAGCAUUUCAGGCUUUACUAUUUACUCAUUCAUAUGUGAUGCUGCUGGAAGAUUACCUGCUGAUGCUGAAGAUGAAUUUCUUGAAAAAAUUUCAUCAAUGGAAAGCUGCUUUACACAAGAAUUUUUAGAAUUUAACAUAGUACAGACAAAGUAUAGGGAAAUGAUUAAUUCUGGUGAUUUAUACAAUUCUUGCUAUGAAAUUGAAGGAUUAUAUCUUGAUUUGUUAGCAAAAGAGAAAAGUGCUG